GCUGAUAGGGUCAAAGGGCCACCACCACCUCGUCCUGAAGUACCGGAGACCGGUCGUCCGCAAGGCUGAGCGAAGGGUGUUUUUAUGGUGCCCUGCAGGACUAUGCCAUUGGUGAGAUUGCUUGCUGACUGCAGACUCGCAAGUCUCCGCGUAGUAGAGGUACCUUGGUCUAUUUGCCUUUUCCAGAUUAGACCAUGCAAGUAUCUGACGCUAAUGCUGCUCCCGACAUGGAUUCUGCCCUGGGUUUGUCUUGGGGGAUUCCGGGACUCGGCUCUUCUCCUCCCCUCUCUUGAUGGUGGUCAUCAGCUUUGUUACCAGUGACUCCCGGUGGCUCUUUUCCUGCUCGAGUGGCUCUGCAGGCAGGGAUAAAGCGUAAAGCCGUUCGUGCAGUUGUGCUGGCAAAUCAAAAGCCCCAUGUUGUGUCAUGCACCGGAGCCA